AUGCUCGUUUGCCUAGCAACAACUCGAAUUUUUGGGACACAUUGUAUAUGCCAUUGGAGUAGCUCUAGACCCUUCAAAGAUACAGGCGAUGGUGGCUUGGCCCGUCCCUACCACAACUCAGUCCUUACGGGGAUUUUUGGGUUUGAUCGGAUUUUAUUGCAAGUUAUUCAAGGAUAUGCUUCCAUAGUAGCGCCAUUGACGUCCCUGCUUCAGAAGGAUAAUUUCCAUUGGGGAGUUGAGGCUCAAACUGCUUUUGAUAACCUCAAACAAGCUAUGACACAAGCCCCAGUACUAGCCUUGUCGGACUUCUCUACACCCUUCAUGCUAGAAACAAAUGCUUUAUGUCUAGCCAUGGGUGUUGUUCUUAUGCAAUAUGGCCACCCACUAGCCUUUUUCAACAAAGCUUUCUGCCCUUGCUUACAACGUUCUUCUACAUUCAUUCUCACAAUACCUAAUUUCACCUUCCAUGAUGCAUUGCACAGACAUUUCCUCACCAAUGAUUCAUUCCAGGAAAAGGUUCAACAGGUCACCUUGGAACCGAAUUCACAUCCCGAUUUCAAGAUUCACAAUGGGUCAUUAUUCUUCCAAAACAAGAUAUGGCUUAACACAGAGAACCUAUUUCUUUCAUCGUUGAUGGAGGAGUUUCAUUCAACCCCUCUUGGUGGCCACCUAGGUUUCGCCAAAACCCUUCAUCGUCUUCAAGCAAACAUCUAUUGGCCCAACAUGCGCAAGGACAUGAGGCAAUUUGUUCGCAAAUGUUCUACUUGCCAACAAGUUAAGUAUGAACCCAAGCGGCCUGCAGGUUUACUCCCACCACUACCAAUACUAUCCUCUCCUUGGAAGGAGCUAUCACUAGACUUCAUCAUUGGUCUUCCUCCUUCGCAGGGCUACACUACCAUUCUUGUAGUAGUUGACCGUUUCACGAAGGGAGCUCACUUUGGGGCCCUAGCUUCACACUACACAACUCAUAAAGUAGCUUUUCUUUUCCAAGAUAUGGUCGGCAUUACUACCUUCGAAGACACUUAUAGGAAGCCCCAUCCUUCUAUUUCCACUUAUUUGCUAAGCUCAUCUAAUGUGGAAGUAGUCGAUCACCUUCUCUCUAUAAGACAGGAUCUUUGGGCUUCUUUGACCACUCGUCUUCAAAAAAUGCAACUCGCCAUGAAGACUCAGGCAAACAGUAAACAACGUGAUGUAUCAUACAAGGUUGGUGACUGGGCUAUGGGGAAAAUCGUGCAACUUGCAGAAAAUGUCAAGGAAAAGCAACCUAUGUUGUAUAAUGUGGAGGAAGGGCACCGAAGUGAACCCCUUUAG